AUGGUCUUGUACUCGCAGCGUGGGUACCUGGACAAUUUCCGGGCUCAAUCUCCUGCUGGCCGCCCACGCAGAGAUGUUAAGAAGAUGAGCAAAAGUCAGAAAAACUACCCGGAUCCAAAUGAUAUCAUCAACCUGUAUGACGCCGAUGCUACAAGAAUGUUUCUCGUGAAUUCGCCGGUCGUGCGAGGUGACAACCUCCGCUUCCGCGAAGAGGGUGUUCGCGAGGUUGUCUCGCGUGUUUUGCCAGCUUCCCUGGCUAAAUGCAACACGAUUUUUCCUCGGGCAAGUAGCGCUGCUUAA